CUUAAAAUGUCUAUCUUUCAUGUAUCAGGAUACUAAAGAAAAGAUUGCUGAUCUCAUACAUACCUAAAACCUCAGUUAAUUUAUGCAAAUAAUACUGCAUUUGUAAAUAUCAAUGACUUGACUCGCCUUAAAUCCGUUAUGAAAUCGGUGAUCCCAGAAAGAUGGUUCUGCGGGGAUCUUUAAGCUUUAACGAGAGGAAAAUGGAAAGUGUCAUUCCCCUUGACGUGUCCUCUUCUACAAAAGACGAAGCUUUGCCUGCAAAAACCUUUGAUAAUGUAAUGCCAGAACCAAACUUACUUAUGCCAGAAUCCCCAUUGCCCGAGCCCCUUACAAACCGUAACCUUGCAGCAUUAAAGUUGCAGAAAACAUAUAAAAGUUUCAGAACCAGAAGACAGCUAGCUGAUUGUGCAAUACUAGUUGAACAUAGAUGGUGGAAGCUGUUAGAUUUUGCUGUACUAAAGUGUAGCUCAGUAUCAUUCUUUGAAAUUGAAAAACCAGAGACCGCUGUUUCACGUUGGUCAAGAGCAAGAACUAGAGCCGCAAAGGUUGGGAAAGGAUCGUCACAACAUGCAAAGGCGUGUAAACUUGCCUUACAGCAUUGGCUCGAGGCAAUUGAUCCCCGUCAUCGCUAUGGUCAUAAUCUUCAUUUUUAUUAUGUCAAAUGGCUUCAUUGCCAAAGCAAACAACCCUUUUUCUAUUGGCUUGACAUAGGGGAAGGGAAAGAAGUCAGUCUGGAAAAAUGUCCACGCUUAAAGCUUCUACAACAAUGCAUCAAGUAUCUAAGUCCUAUAGAACGGGAGGCUUAUGAAGCUACAGUGGAGGAUGGUAAGUUUAUUUACAAGCUGAGCAGGAAGCUUAUUGACACAAGAGCGGGCCCUACCAAUGCCAAGUGGAUAUUUGUGCUUAGCACAUCAAGUAUUUUGUAUGUUGGGAUGAAACGCAAAGGUAAAUUUCAACAUUCAAGUUUUCUGGCUGGUGGAGCUACAUUGUCUGCCGGACGAUUGGUGAUUAUAGAUGGAAUUCUAAAGGCUGUCUGGCCUCACAGUGGACAUUACCUACCAACUGAAGAAAACUUUGAUGCCUUCAUGUUGUUUCUUGAGCAACACUGUAUCAAUGUCGAAACUAUCAAGAAAAGCCCAGAUGAUGAGGAAGAUGUUCCUGAUGAGAAGGUGACCGGAUACGAGAUGCGAAAUUGUGUAUCCGAGCCUGAUUUCUCUCGGGCUAAAGAAGAAACCGAACACAAAUACUACAACAACAAAGAUUCUAAACCACCAAGAUUUUCCAGACAUUCAAAGCCAAAAAUCACAUCGCUCGAAAUCCCAAAAAAAGAAGAUAUCAUUUUGGCUUUCAAGAAGAACGAACCUGAGACCAAACUUAACCCCGAAACCGAAUCUGCUAGCUCCUCAGAUAAUGAUGAUGAAAUCGCAGAUGAAUUGUUGUCAAGUAUCAAACUCAUGGUAUCCAAGCGGAAUCUUUUUGAUUUUGGGGAAGAAGCAUAUGUUGAUCCAAUCCCACAAGAGAAGAUUAUGAAUAGAAUAAACUCACAUAAAGAGAAGAAGUCUUUUCAGUUGGCUAAGCAUCUUAGUUGCCAAUGGUCAACAGGAGCAGGUCCGCGAAUAGGGUGUGUACGGGACUACCCAUCAGAGCUACAGUUACGAGCUUUAGAAGAAGUGUGUUCAUCUGGGAGAUUGAAUUGUAGGAAUGGUGGGAGUCGAGAUAGAAGUGAUAGAAGGAGGAAAAGCUAUUCCAUGGAUAAUGUAAGCUUUUUCCAUAUAGAACCACCAUGAGAACAUUUGAUUUUGAUUGAAAUUAUAAGAGAAAUCUUGAAACUCUAGACUAGGAAUUUCGGUAUAGAAUUUAUUUUCUAAUAAUAUGUGUGUUUGCCUAUUUUCA